CUCUGCUUGCUGUGUUUCCGGGGGACAGGUUUGGAGCUGGACUUGUUCACACGCUUUGCUUGGUUGAUUAUUUUCACUGCACCAUGCCGACCGACACCAAACGUGUACGCGGCCCAGAAGUCUCCCAAAGUCCGUAUCUGUUUUUGUGCAAACCGGUGGCCGUCUUCCCCUCUCACGGCCCCAGAGCAGACGGUCGGCAGCGGGAUCAGGUGGACGUGCGGCCCGUGUUUGUCCGUUGCGGGCUGGUGAGCCAGGCUAAAGGCUCCGCGUACAUCGAGGCUGGAAACACCAAGUUAAUGUGCUGCGUUUACGGUCCCAAAGAAAUAGAGCGGAAAGAUGAGACCGAUAUGAAAUGUGGAAGGUUGACAACUGACAUGCGUUUCGCUCCAUUUUCCUGCCUGGAGAGGGGCUCCUGGAUUCAGGGCAGCCAGGACAAAGACCUCUCCCUGAUGCUGCAUGAGAGUCUGCAGCCCGCCCUGUGCCUCCACAAAUAUCCCCGCUCUCAGAUCGAGGUCAACGUGAUGGUUCUCGAGAACAGCGGUUCAGUUCUGGCCCACGCAGUCACUUGCGCUUCUCUCGCUCUCGCAGAUGCAGGGAUCGAAAUGUAUGAUCUGGUGCUUGGUUGUUCCAUACGCCAGGAUGGUGCCUCUUAUGUAGUCGACCCUUCUUACAUGGAGGAAAACAGCUGCAGCUCAGUCAGCGGUGAGAACCAGGGCCGUCUGACUGUUGCAUUCCUCCCCAGCCUGAACCAGAUAUCUGGGCUGCAGUCAGAUGGAGAAAUGACUGAAGAGACUCUGACCGCCGGGAUUCGGACCUGCAUUGAGGGAUGCUAUAAACUGUACCCGGUCAUCCAACAAGCCCUGGCCAAGGCUGUGCGCAGGGCGGCACCGCCACCAUCAGAGAGCUGAGAGACUCAUGAACCAACAACUGCUCAGUUCAUAGUUUUUCUACUUUACAGUUUUUAGUCCUUAAUUUGACAACAAUGCCCAUGUCUGUAUUUUUGCUAUUUCAUUGUCUUUACAUAUAAAUGAAUGCAUCUGAUUUCACCUGUGCUUUCAUAUUAAAUCAUUUAAUA